CUUUUUCUUAUUAUCCUUCUGCGAAGGAAAUAUCGUCCUGCCUGGCAUUGAUAGCCAACAGUGUUGUCUGGAACAACCAUAUCAUUAAAAGACAUCAUGCCUACAAAGUCUUCGUAUAACGGCAAAGAGUAUGUUUCCAUUCAAGCGGCCAUCGCCAUCAUUGCAGAGAUUGGGUCACUUCGUAUUUCUAGCGAUGCCUUGAACUCUAUCAAUCAAUUCUUGGACGAAUAUUUGGUCAUGCUCCUCGAAAACGCUGCUUGUUUGGACUUAGCCCAGUUAAAGGCUGCCGUAUCUCAUACGCUCUCUUAUACACCUCUCGGGAAAAACGCUAUUGUCGAAGCCGAAUUGGAACUCAAGUCUUACCUUGCAUCUGCUGAAACCGACACCGAGCUACAGUUAUAUGAAAAGGUGCGAUCCAUCAGGUUUGGGCCUGCUCUACCGUUUGAUACCGUUGUGCAACAAGUCAGGAGUAGAUCUAGUGAAUAUGGUGCAUUGAUUUCCAAGCAAUCCAAGGUUAUACCAACACAGCCAAAUAAGUCGACUGUCGUUUCCUCCAUUGUAGCCAUGUACCUUACCGCAAUUAUCGAACAUAUUGCUGAGUAUGUAUUAUUGGGAACGGCUAGAAUUUGCGAAGCAGAGGAUUUGGAGCAUGUUCGUAUCAAGGAAGUCUAUGCUUCUUUGUUAGAGGAUUCACAAGUAGGAUCUGCUUUUAUGAGGAUGGAGGUCAAGGCUCGUUUAGAGAAGAGGCUCUAUCCCGAAGGCAAUGUCAACGGACGGGUCAGCUCGCCAACCCCAGGAAUACCAUCGAAAUUUUCAGUGCCGAUGUCCCCUACGUCCACGUUGAACAGCGAAAUUUCUGGUAUGGAAGAAUAUCAAAGUGACUUCGAUAGAGAGAUCGACUAUGACGCAGAUCAAAGCAGUAUACGAUCAGAUCCAAGUUUGACUCGACCCGACUCCACACAAUUUCCCCAACGACCACCUUCCAGUGCAUCUCAAACAAACAGAGUAGCUCCUACUCCAAGUAAAAGCUCCACAUAUAAACCAGUGUCUAUCUUGAAUCAGUCUUUUGCAAAUGGUAGCGCUGGCUCGCUUUCAUCAACUCCAAAAGCGCGAACUGGCUUCCGCUUGUUUGGUAAGAAGAAGAAGACCCAAUCCAAGGACAUUGAAAAAGACAUGAUUGGUCGUGCUUCAUCGCCGUCGCCCACUAUCGAUGAUGAUGACACCAAAACAAUGGACUUUGAGUCUCUCAUGUUGUCUGGAGGUACAAUGAAGGUGACCUUAACACCUAAUAGAUUAAAGUCCAUUGAAGUAGAAAAAGAUAAGGAGCAACAAGAUGAUGCUCAAAAUGCCUGGCGCCGAAAGAAACCCGACAUUGAGAUCAUUCCGCCUCCCAAGUCUGAUAUGCUGAAACGCGUUGCUCUUCAAAACAUGGCUCAAAAUGCUAUUAAAGACGAAAGCCUGCCAAGCCUACCCAACAGUCGAUCACCAGUUUCGAAAGAAAAUCGUCCUCCUGUUCCUCCUCCUAGAAAACAGACACGCUGGGCCGAUCCACCAUCUGUACCUCCUAUUCCAUCCAAUAUGCGAAAUAAUAUGAUUACUGCACAAAAUGGUCAACCUCAGCCUCCAUCCACUAUCAACUCACCCGCGUCUCCCACCUUUUCCACACGAUCCGUACGAACAAUGAAUUCAAUCACAUCCCUGCCUUCUGAGAGUGACGGUGAUGAACCAAAUCGGAGGGAUUCUUUGAUGUCACAGAGCAGCACGUUGAGCUCUUUGAUAAAAUCAGCUCCUGCACCUCCUGCAAACAGCACCAUGCCAAAGAUGUCUUUGGAAUUGAUUCGAAAUGGUACACAAAAGACGGCGGCAGUAGGUAAUGCCAAAACCGAAACUGUAAUCCGAUCGGAACCAGAAAGGCCGUCCUCUCCUAGCCACAACUUUACUACUAACGAAACCAAGGUAGCACGACCAUCUAUUAUUAUUGCACCACGAUCUCCCAAUCUUGUCAAGAAAUCUCGUAAUAGAAUGUCAAUGGUCGUUACAGCAGCCGGCGGCGACGAGGAGACAGAUUCUGUUGCAUCCGAGACCGUCGACAGUGAUGAUGAUGACGAUGUUGGUAAAGAACAACCUGUCAGCGCCUUCAAAGCUACUGCUCAUCGCACCAUUGUAAGCUCCAUGUCAAUGGAUCAAGUACCCUCCAAGAACAGUAAUCGUCCUUCCGCAGUCGCAGCGAAAAGAGUAUCGUCGCUAAACCAACAACCUCCAAGGAACGAACAUGUACAAUUGUCCACUGCCGAUCUCGUCUUACUGCACAACAAGAUGACUACCGUAAACAGCGUAGAAGAUGCAGCAAAUCUGUUGCAAAUGUUCUUAAAAGUUCAAGGUGUGUCUUUCCCAUCUGUUCCAAAGCCUACAUCAAUACUGCCUGCUGGGCAGGCAAAGCCCAAUGAUGGCCGGGAGAUGACCACUUCUACCAAUGACCAUGCUGUACAAACCGAUCCUUGGCAGCCAGUCUGUGAACAUCAUCAUAGACUGUCCAGAAAACGAGAGGAAGCCAUCGAGUCACUUUUAAUCAGCAACCCAGAAGACUAUAUUCAAGCUAGAAUCGCGCCGAUAGUGACCGUCACGGAUUGUGACGAAUUGGAUGCUGUUGAAAGAACUCUGGACUUGAGCGAGCUUAAUGGAGAUAGCAGCGAUGAAUACUCUGACAUUGAUGAUGUGAUUCCCAUGUCUCGAUUCGCCUAUCCUCCUACUUAUCAAAAAGAUGACUACACGUCAGCAAAACCACAGGUGUUCGAAAGUGAAGAUGAAGAGUGGUUUCUCGACGACUCUGAUAACGAAUUCGAACCUGAUCAAUUGCUACUUGAGAGCACAAAAGACUUGAACUCACUGGAAAUCGACCUGGUUGCUGAAUGGUUACUUGGAUAAAUACAGCAGCAAAUAUUAACCUCAUUACAACUUUUAACUUAUGUAGCAUUUAUUCUUUAUUCUUUUGUUUCUUUUUCUCUCUGUACAUUCAAUGUAUUUAUCGUCAGCAGCAAUGCUGAAGAUUUGGAAUUACGCCUGAAGCUGUUAGUUAUAAUACAAAGGUGUGUCCAUCGGUGACGCUAUAAACGUC